AUGGCAGAUUAGUUUUGAUGAAAAACAGCGCUGGGAAAAUCCCCUCAUGGGUUGGUCCUCUACUGCUGAUCCUCUCUCAAAUACAGAAGUGAGUUUUUCAUCAAGGGAGGAUGCCAUUGCCUUUUGUGAAAAGCAUGGAUGGAACUGGAUUACAGAGAAUCCUCCAGUCAAGCCACCACGUGUCAAGAGUUAUGGAGCAAACUUUUCCUGGAAUAGGAGGACUCGACGCUCAACAAAAUAGACAAGGAAAAUUAAUUUGAUUCUUAAAUGUACAUCAGCAGUUCUGGUAAACAUUUGGAAUGAAGAUUUACUAUUUGGAAGAUGCACAUUUCAUGAAAAGACAAUUAGGGUAUGUUGACUGCACCAGUGUUGAUCAAUAUUACCUACUAUUGUUAUUAGUUCCAACCAUUCUGGUCCAUAUAAGUUAUAUUACUAUAGUAAAUAAUUUGAUUCUGAAAGCAAAAGUAUGAAUAACAAAAAUUUGCUCGUAUACUAUAAUAUCUUAUCAGGAAAAGUAAGAACAUUUAUAACAAAAUAUUACAUUAAGUAUACCUGUGAGAGAAGAAUGAGAAGAAAGAGUCCUUACAGAAUGAAUGAUUCAAAAUUGAAUUGGGAUUCUGUUACAUCACUGAUGGACUUGGUAUUUGUAUAUUUUUUUUUUAUGUAAAUAAAAUAGGAAUAGGUAAAAGUA